CCGGAGCCAGUGGCAAAGCGAUAACUUUUAUUAGUUCCCCCAAAGAGAAAAAAAUGUUGUUUGCCUUGGCUCGGCAAAAAGGAUACAAAGUUGAGCCACUAAAUUUACCUGACAAAAGCCAAAUCAGCCAAAUUUUAGAAGAUAAAUUGCUGAAAAAAAUAAUCAAUAAUAUAGAAAAGACGGAAGUUAGUCAAAACAACAAGGAAAAAGUCAAAAAAUUAAACGAAAAGUACGGGGCUGAAAAAGUGGCUAACACUCUCUUUAACUUAUUAGCCAAAGACGAAAUGCAUGAUUAA